UGGGCCUCUUAUUCUUGGGUUCCUGGAGAGGUUGCUGUCACUGCAUUUGUGGCUCCGACGGAAGGCAAGUCCUGGGAGUCAGGGAAAGGACAGCGCCAGGAGGCUCUGCUGGCUGGACAGCAGGUGCCCUAAGAACGGACAGUGAAUGUUUGUUUGCUACUAAUGGGUGUGAGCAAGUUAGAUAUUCUAUACCGGAGACUUCUCCUCACAAAACUUUUUAUCAGAGGAUGGGGGAGGCCAGAAGAUCUCAAAAGACUCUUCGAAUUCAGAAAGAUGAUUGGAAAUCGAGAAAGAUGUCAGAAUCUGGUUUCAAGUGAUUAUCCAGUACACAUCGAUAAGAUUGAAGAGCAAUCAGACUGUAAGAUCCUAGAUGGGCACUUUGUUUCCCCCAUGGCCCACUAUGUGCCUGAUAUAAUGCCAAUUGAAUCUGUUAUUGCAAGGUUCCAACUUAUUGUUCCUAAAGAAUGGAACAGCAAAUAUAAACCUGUAUGCAUUCAUCUUGCUGGAACAGGAGAUCAUCAUUACUGGAGACGACGAACACUAAUGGCUCGUCCUAUGAUUAAAGAAGCCCGAAUGGCUUCUUUGUUGUUAGAAAACCCUUAUUAUGGCUGCAGGAAGCCCAAAGACCAAAUAAGGUCCAGCUUAAAAAACGUGUCUGACCUUUUUGUGAUGGGAGGAGCUCUUGUUUUAGAAUCUGCAGCUCUCUUGCACUGGCUAGAGAGAGAGGGUUAUGGACCUCUAGGAAUGACCGGAAUAUCCAUGGGAGGACAUAUGGCUUCCUUAGCAGUAUCCAACUGGCCUAAGCCCAUGCCAUUGAUUCCAUGUCUGUCUUGGUCCACAGCAUCUGGGGUCUUCACUACGGGUGUGCUAAGUAAAUCGAUUAAUUGGAGGGAGCUAGAAAAGCAGUAUUAUACACAGACAGUUUAUGAAGAAGAAAUUAUUCACAUGCUUGAAUACUGUGGAACAGAUUCCUUCAAAAUGGGACAAGAGUUUGUGAAACACUUCCCUAUCAGUGCAGACAAGCUAACUAACCUUAAUGUGGUUUCUAGAACUUUAAAUUUAGAUAUGACAGACCAAGUUGUAUCCCAAAAACCUAGUGAGUGCCAUAAAUCUAGUAAAACAUCUAUCAGUGCCACAUCAGAAAGACUGUUGUUGCAAGAUACCUCUAAGAUGCAGUGCUUCAAUCAAACGCUUUCAACCAACAAAAGUAAUUAUACAAGUUGCAGUCCUCAGUCAUAUCACCUACUCAGUAAAGAACAAAGAAGAAACAAUCUUCAGAAAGAGUCCUUAAUAUUCAUGAAAGGAGUCAUGGAUGAAUGUACUCAUGUGGCAAAUUUCUCAGUUCCAGUUGACCCAAGCCUCAUUAUAGUGGUUCAAGCCAAAGAAGAUGCUUAUAUUCCACGAACAGGAGUUCGAAGUUUACAAGAAAUUUGGCCUGGUUGUGAAAUCCGUUAUCUAGAAGGGGGUCAUAUUAGUGCUUAUCUUUUUAAACAAGGACUCUUCAGACGAGCCAUCUAUGAUGCAUUUGAACGCUUCCUCCAUAAAUACGCUAACUGAUUGGAUCACUGUAUGUAACCAGUAUGGCCAUCAUGUUUCUUACAAAAGGAGUUUUUCAUCCUUUGAUGAUAAGAACAAGCAGACAGCACUAUAUAUAUAACUGCUAUCAAUUUAGUCUGGAAUUCAUUGUUAUGAUCAGUCAACAAUGAUCUUUAAAUACAUGUGAAUAAUUUUAAACCAAUAUUUGGAUGAAAUAAUGUUGAAGG